CCUGGCCACGCCCACAAACGCAGCCUCCGCGAGGUCCGGAAACGCCAAAGCGAGUCGUGUGAGCCUCGCGGUGUCCCGUAUCCAAGGGUAAACAAGCGGUCGAGGCCCCUUCCAGCCGGCACCGACCCACGCUGAAGGGUCAGUCAUGGCAGGCGAUCCACUUUCGUCCUCCGCGGUCUCCCGAGGCCGAUUCGUCGUGGUGGGAGGCGGGAUCGCCGGAGUGACAUGCGCCGAGCACCUGGCUACAGAGUUUCCAUCCGAUGAUAUUUUAUUGGUCACAGCAUCUCCUGUUAUAAAAGCAGUGAUGAAUUACAGACAGGUUUCAAGAACUUUAGAAGAAUUUGAUGUUGAGGAACAAGCAAGCAGUGUAUUAGAAAAACGUUACCCUAACAUUAAGGUGAUACAGUCUGGCGUGAAGCAGUUGAAAAGCGAUGGUCAUAAAAUCAUAACAGAAGCCGGCAAGGAGUACGCCUAUGAAAAACUCUGCCUGUGUGCUGGAGCAAAGCCAAAAUUAAUUACUGAAGGAAACCCGUUUGUAUUGGGAAUCCGGGACACAGAUAGCGUUGCGGAAUUCCAGAAACAUCUGGCAGAAGCAAAAAGGAUAACCAUCGUGGGGAAUGGUGGCAUUGCACUGGAACUGGUGUAUGAAAUCGAAGGUUGCGAAGUGAUUUGGGCCAUCAAAGACAAAGCCAUUGGGAAUACUUUCUUUGACGCGGGAGCAGCUGAAUUCCUGAUCCCAAAGCUAAGCACUGAGAAACCAGAACUUCCAAUUGCCUGCAAAAGGACUAAAUAUACAAUAGCGGAAAGUGAGAAGGAAGAGAGAGCUGUAGCAAGCCUAGGGAAGAUAGGCAGUGCUUUAGGCCCCGAUUGGCAUGAAGGCUUGCAUCUUAAAGGAUCAAAAGAGCUUCCCCAUAAGGUUCAUAUUGAAAGCAUGUGUGAAAUAAAGAAGAUAUACCUCCAGGAAGAUUUCCAGCAUCUACAGAAAGUUUCCUUGGUUUUCCCCAAAGCUCAACAGGAUGAGAGGAAUGCAGAACCAGAUCAAGAUCUAUGGCCUGUAUAUGUGGAACUAACCAAUGGGAAGGUAUAUGGCUGUGACUUCAUUGUCAGUGCCACCGGAGUCGUUCCAAAUGUCCAGCCAUUCCUUGAUGGUAAUAAUUUCACUCUAGGUGAAGAUGGAGGCUUAAAAGUGGACAAAUACAUGCAUACUUCAUUGCCAGAUAUCUACGCAGCCGGGGACAUCUGCACCACAUCAUGGGAGCCCAGUCCGUUCUGGCAGCAGAUGAGGCUUUGGACCCAGGCCAGGCAGAUGGGCUGGUACGCUGCAAAAUGUAUGGCUGCUGAUGCUCUAGGGGAACCUAUUGACAUGGACUUCAGCUUUGAACUCUUUGCUCACGUAACAAAAUUUUUCAGUUACAAGGUGGUGUUGCUGGGAAAAUAUAACGCUCAAGGGUUGGGUUUAGACCAUGAACUGAUGUUGAGAUGCACCAAAGGACGGGAAUAUGUCAAAGUGGUGAUGCAGAAUGGACGAAUGAUGGGAGCCGUCCUGAUUGGAGAAACCGAUCUGGAAGAAACCUUUGAAAACUUGAUUCUUAAUCAGAUGGAUCUCUCACGUUAUGGGGAACAUCUCUUAGAUCCAAAUAUUGACAUAGAAGAUUACUUUGACUGAACUUCUGAAAACAGUGCUAACUCUGACUUCUUAGAUACUUUAAUGGUGGUGGUUUUGGAAGGGUUCUCGCAUGCCAAGUAUAGAGAAAUGAGUGUACAACUACAGUUGACCUGAUCACACGCUGUAUGGUACGAGUGCUUUCUGGCAGUACCACUAUAUACUAUGGGCCAACAUGCAAGAACAAGAAGACUGGACAUUCAACAGAGUUGUGGUCAUGUGUGUUAUACAGCACAGAAUUUAGUCAGAGUUUACUGUGCCUCAACUUCUCAAUUUCAGUAGGGCUUGCCUGUGACAUGAUUCCUAAGUAAGCUUUUGUAAAUUUAAAUUAUUUAAAAUACUUUUGCACUACUUCUCAUACUAUUUGAAGCCACUUCUGUGUGAAGAGACAGCAAUAAAAGAUCUAAUUAUGGUAAAACACUGAGUAAAAACAGCAAUUUAGAAGUAAGUAAUAUGAAGAUUAGAAAGAAGGGAUACGCCCGAACCGGUUCAGCACCACCACUAGCAUAGCGCUCACUUUCCAAAAGGCUGUGUGUGGCUGCAGUGCUGGCAUAGACAUGGCUGCUGUGCAUGCUGCUACUUCCCUGUAGCACAGGGGUUCUCAAACCUGGGGUCCCCAGUUGUUGGACUACCACUCCCAUCAUCCCCAGCCACAAUGGCAGACAUCCAGUGAUGUCAAAUUCAGAAGGGCAGGUGCUCCACGACAGCCCCCAUAGCCACACUGACCCUAAUGGCCACGUCCCCAUGACCACACACCCCAUAUUACAAGAGCUAGGGAUGUGCAUGAAACAGAUUUGGCAUUCCACUGUGAGCUCAGAACAGAACACUAAAUUCCCGUUAACGUUCUGUCAGAACAACUGGUUGAGCUGGUGGUUCCGACAGAACAACCAUGUUAUGACUUGAACGUGGCAUCAGUUUGAACUCUAAAAUGGCGCUCUUCUUUCUGGCCUCUGCACAUGCACGGCAGCCAUUUGUGCAGUGGUGCUGGCCACACAAAUGGCUGCCAUACAUGUGCAGAGAUCAGAAAGAAGAGUGCCAUUUCAGAGUCCAAAAUGGUGUUCGGAGUGUUCCGACUCAAAAUGGGCCGUUCCAAGCUUUGAACAGGCCCUUCAUUUGAAGGGUGUUCUGAUCUGCGCUUGGAACAUUCUGCACAUCCCGAACAAGAGGUCAAGGAUUUGUUUUCUUAAUCCUACAGAGUCUGAACCUCAUGUGGUUAUUCACCCAGAAGUCUGGAUUGCCAACCACAAAGGGUGGAGGAUAUGCCUUGUAAUAGAAGACAGGGGGAAAUGGUGGUAAAAUCAACUUCAGUCCGAUAUUCAGCUAUGCAACAAACUGUUGGGACAGCGAGAGCAGAAUAUUCCAUUUAGAAAGCAAAGGACUAACCAUUAUGGAGUGGGGAAGGAGAUUGCUUGCUUGGCCAAGCAAUAGACGGGGGCGGGGGGGGAGGAUCACAAAGGUUGGGGUGGCUGCAAAAAAAGGCAGGACAAGUGGCAGGACAGACAAAAUUGCUCCCCUUUGUCGGCUGCUUUGCAUCCCUGCCAAGACCCUGGAGGUGGGGAAACAUGCCAGGGCUAUGUCCCUGCAGCACUACAUCACUGUUCAGCACCAGCUUUGGCUAACAUCACAUCUGCAGUGAAUUCAGUAUCCCACGCCUGUGUUGGUAUGCAUGUGGCACGGAAGCUCAUAGUUAACACUGCAAGGGGUCGUGAGAGCAGGGAAUUCAAGUAGGGGAGGAGGUGGAACUGGAGCUAGAAUGAAAAGGUGUCCUCAUUAAAUCCGCAAUGAAAAUGUGUUCUUACGGAGUCCUUUUAAGAGUUUUUAAAGGACUGAUCUGUGAGUCUCUAGUUAACAAUCACCGCUGCCCCAAACUCACUAGAUAUCAUUUGGCAAGCUGCCAGUUCUCAGCUCCUGAUUUGCUAGAUAGGGGCAGUACUAACCUGACUUACGGUGCUUUUGUAAGGGUGACUGAAACAUUGUACAUGGAACACUGAACACUCAGAAGUGCUAUGUAAAAGGCAUAUAUUCCAUGCCCAACAGCAACGUGUAAGGUGAAGACCAGCCACACAGUGGAGACUGAUCCAACCAACCAGCUGAGAAGCACAGAACAGGUUGCCAUGCAGCUGCAGCAAGGUGACUCCGUGCUUUCGGGGAGAAACAAAUACAGUCACUCCCCAAGUUACAAACAAAGCUCCAUAACAUAUUACAUUAAGGAAGUCCCCAACUUACAAACAGGCCAUCACUCUUGGGAACUGUGUGUGUUGUGAGCUAUGAACAUGGAACUUACAAACCAUACAACCCAGUUGUACGUUGGGAAUCAUAAUCAUAAUCAUGAUUCCCAACGUACAACUGGGUUGUAUGGUUUGUAACUUCCUUACAGCAUUUUAUCUUCACCUUACUGCAAGUUGCUGUUGGGCCUGAAAAAUACACAUUUUAUGAAGGAAUUACUUCUUCAGGCAACACAUGGAGUGGGGUGACAGUGGUGGAAAAAAAUUGCCUUAGAUGGCUGCUUUUUUUUUUUUAAAGGAGUAAAUAUAUUCAUGGGGAAUAGGCCUACAAGUAGCUGUUACCCUUUAUAAGUAACUGGAACUGUUGGUUCAUAAGCAGGAUCCCUGAGUACCAGGUAAAGGUAGCCAGCAAUGGCAUCUGCGAAAAUUAAACACUCAUUAAGCAACACAUUCCCAUUUGUGUAAAUGUUUUUUCCAAAAAGGGACUAGACAGCCUGUCAAAAGGGAAGGUACUGUCAAUCGCAGGAGGAAGAGCCAUGUGUUUGGUGCCAUGCACGUGGUUGUGGUAUCCAUGCACUGGCUGUAGCUGCCCGAGUGGGGUAGUGCUACAAGCAGGGAUGCUCAGCCUUAGGUCCCUAGAUGUUGUUGGACUACAUCUCCCAUCUUCCCCAGCCACAACAGCCUUUGGCUAGGGGUGAUGGGAGUUUGCCUUCAGUAGUGGUAUUGUGCUGCAAGGAUGUACAGGGACACAGUACUGGUGCUCUUCUCCCCGCCCCCUACCCCUGGAUCUCAGUAGGGAUACAAAGCAGCCAAUAGAGAGGGGAGUGAUCUCCCCUGCCCUAACGUGGCAAAGAGGCACCUUUUAAUGUGGUGAUUCUCUUUAUUUAACAGGGGGAGAGUAACUGGCCCUAUCCACCCCCAGCACAGGACCUCCAGUGACUGCUGCUGGUGUCUGUCUUAUGUUUCUUUUUAGAUUGUGAGCCCUUUGGGGACAGGGAGCCAUCCUAUUUAUUUAUUAUUUCUCUGUGUGAAGCUCCCGGAGCCAUUUUUGGAAGGGCGGUAUAGAAAUCAAAUAAAUAAAUAAAUCUUGUAUUUCGCUGUU